AUGAGAAAAGCAUAGAAUUUAUUUUAUUUAUUAAUCCAUCUUGUGAUCGUUUAUUAUGCAGAAGCUGAACUAACUAAAGAUUUUGAAUUAUCUAAUUCUUCUUGCAAGGAUAUUUAUAAGUUUUUCUAAAGUACUAAUGUAGAUUAUUUCUUUGGAUGCAAUGAAAACAAAAAACCAAACAAAUUUGUAUUAUCACUUGAGAAUAAUUAGUUGUUUAGUAGAGUCACUUUUAAAAUUAAAUUCCUCACAUCAAAAAAAAUAGAGAAAGAUAACAUCAAGAUAUAAAUAGACAAUUUUAUGAUAGAAGAUGUAAAAAUGGUUAAAGAAGAAGAUAAAUUCUAUUCAAUAAAGGUUUUUCAUGAUGACGCAAAAGGUUAAAUUUAAUUUGAUAUCAAGCAUGAGGAUGGAGAAUUAAAAGUUUAGAAAGCCACUUUAAGUCUACUAAUAGAAAACUGUGAUCAAUACUAAGAAGAUGGUUCAUGUUUUAAGUGCAGUCAUGAAUAUUUUUUAAAUUAAAUGACAGGUUUUUGCUAAGAUUACAAAGCAAAUUGUGAAACUUAAGAAAAUAAGAAAUGUAAAAAAUGCUAGAACGGAUAUUUACUAAAUGAAUCGGGCUUUUGUACUAUUUCUUGUUAAGAUAAAUAAUUUAAGUAUAAUAAUUCUUGUGUAAGCAGCUGCCCAACAGGAUAUUAUUCUGAUUAAAACUAAUUUUGCUAAAAAUGUGGAGAUUAUUGCGUAUUUUGCCACUCUAAUGAUACUUGCUUAUAAUGCGAAGAAAAUAGGUACUUUUAGGAUGGUGUUUGUAAAGAAGCUUGUUCAGAUGGAUACUUUGUAAGCACCUAAGAGACAACAAACGGUUAAUUAAUUUGUGAAAAUUGUGAUGAAAGCUGUUUAACUUGCACAGGUCCUUCAAAUAACGAAUGUACAACAUGUAGAGAGGACUUUAUUAUUUACCUUGGUAACUCUUGCUUGUAGUAAUGUCCAGAAGGUUAUUUCAAAAAAUCUAAAAAUAUAAGUGAAGAUAUUAAUAAAAUUAAAAAUAGCUCAUAUUAUUGCGCAAGAUGUUACUAUUUAAAUUAAAAAUGUGUUGAAUAGUGUCCUUCUUAAACCUUUAUUGUAGAAAAUUAUAUUUGUAAAACAUGUUCCACUAAAAAUUGUGCUAAUUGUAAUUCUAAUGAUAUAUGCAAUGCUUGUUAAAAUGAAUAUAUAUUAGAUGAAAAGAACUAAUGUGUUGAAUGUGAUUAAAAUACUUACUAUGAUGCUCAUAAAUAAAUUUGUAAAAAGUGUCCUGAUGUAAAUUGUUUAAAUUGCAGUAGUGAAUAAAGCGGAAGGGUUUGUAUAAAGUGUAAAUAGUAUUAUGAAUUUAAUGAAAAUAAGCUAGUAUGUUAAUUUAAUGAUACUGAAUAUCUUUUAGAAUGUGCUAAUCCUUCUAACUGCACAAAGGAGCAGAAUAUUGUUAAAGCAUCAGAUGCCACAAUUAACAUUAUUAGUAUCUCUAAUACAAUUUUACUCCUAUUCUCCUUUGCUUUCUUUCCAAUCGGUCCUUUUUUUUGGUAUACAGUUUAGGUUUAAUAACAGAUAGGAAACUUAAUUUUAAUAAACAAUCUGAGGAUUUUAUCUCUUGGACCCACAGUAAUAUAAAACUUCUAUCAGUAUAAUAUAUUUCCUUUGUUUCCUGACUCUACAUUAAACACAUAUAAUGAAAGUGAUUUGCUUUAUGCUAGUAGCAGCUAGCUUUCAAUUAUGGGUGCAUUUAGAUCUUAACCUUUAAAAAAAUACUUUAUUAACAACAUGGCUUACUUCUUUGUUUUUCUUUUUAUAACAAUCCUAGUGUACAUUUUAUCUAAGUGCAUAAAUAGGAAAUAUAUUAGAAUUAUUGAGGCUAAUUAAGCCUAAAAAAAAUUAAAAGUAAAGGAAAUUGAUUGUAAACAUGACAAUAGUAUUUUUGACAACAGCUAUAAUCUCAAUAUAAGCUGCAGUUUAGACUAGAAUGCUUCAAAAAUAAAUUAAAGUUAAAACGAAAUAAGUCAAAUAGGAUAAAAUUUACUUGUAAAAAGGGAAAAUGAAAUUUAAAAAUAAAAAGAAAAAAAAAGGUUAAAUUUUUAUAUAAAAAACCAAACAUUCUUAAAAAUAAUAGAGUAUAAUUUAUUUAUAAGGUUUUAAAUGGUAUUCGGAAAUUACUUUUUAUUAUCUCUAUUUUACUCUGUUUAUAAAUUAACCUUAAAUUCAACAUAUGAUUUCAUAGAUAUAGGAUUUAAGUCUUUAUUCUCUCUGAUUUACAUCAUCUUUGUUUGCUACUUAACCUAUAAAGUGUCUAAAUUCGAUGAACUUGAUUUUAACUACGACUGUAGCAAAUUUAAAGUUAUUUUUAGUAAUAUUAAAACCUAAGGACUUAAAAGGUAUUUUUGGAUUCUCCUUGAGUUUCGUAAAAUUUUAUAAGUAGCUGUUUUGGUCUUUGUCACUCAAGAUUUAAUUAAAAUAUCCUCAGUUUUAGGAACUAAUUUAUUAUUUUUGAUUUAUUUGCUUCAUCAAAAACCUAUUUCUUACACUAUUUAUCAAAAAUUUAUAAUAGCAAUAGAAGUAAUAAUUGGAUUCUCGAAUGUUUGUAUUAUAAUUUAUUAAAUUUUACCUGAUAGUAUGAUCAAUUAAAAGUUUAUAGCUUCUAUUUUGGCGAUUAUGGCUUUAACUAUACUGAACUUUAUAGUGCUUGGCUUUUUAUUAAUGCAGAUUUACAUGUUUGUAAAGUUCAAAUUCUUUCCUAGGUUUUAUAUCCUAGAGAAUAAAAUUAUUGAUACGACAUCCAUGAAAAUUGAAUAAGGUUACGAUUAAAAAAAUUCUAGAUUUUUUAAUGACCUAACAAAUAAUGAUAUUGACUAUUAUUCAAAAUUAUGGGGGAUUAAUCCAAUUUUUGCAAAAAAAAUUUAUUAAGAAGCAUAAGAAGAAUUUAGGAAAAAAUAUGAAUAGGAAGAAAUAAGAGUUCAAUAACAAAUUUAACUAAAGGAAUAAUCCAAAUAAAAAGUUGUUGAUAAUACAUUACAAUCAUAAAAAAGAAGUAUCUAUACUCACAAAGAGGUUCAUGGAACAGUCAAAGAAAAAAAGAAGCUGUAAAAAAUAUUAUCCUAAUCAAUUUAAUUUCAACAAAAUAACCUAAGAAAUUAAAGAAAAAACAUAGAUUAUAAUAAAAUUUAUAUUAAUAACUUGCUUAGCAAAGGUAAUAUCUUUGUCUAAGAAUAAAAUCAAAGCAAAGCGCAUUUUAGCCCAAAUAAUUCAAAGUUAAUAUCAAAAGAUUCUUCUAUAAUAGAAUUAUAAAACACUUCUUAGCAAAUUUUUAAAUAAACCACAGACUUAGACUCUUAAUAAAAUUAAUAACAGAGAUGCAUAAAAUUGAUAAAACAGAAGGAUAAUUAAAUUUCUUAAGUCUAGCUAUAAAAAGAGCAAUUUACCUCAAUCAAUGAUUCAAAUUGA